UUUUUCUUUUUUGUGUGUUAUCGCUGAUUCUGGCAUUCACACGCUUGUCAGUACACGUUAGCGUGUCACAGGUCGUUUUUUUACUCGGUUUGAAAUGAUACCAUCGAGACAUAACACUGAAAUGGGCCGACAGUCCCCUGUACAGUAUGUGCUACCGUCAUGUGUUUCCAGGGGAUCAUAUAGGAGACGGACUUGUAAACAUUUCAAGCGUGGGUAGUUUGCGGUGCACUGCCAACUCAGUAAUGAGCUAUCCUUGUGGCGCUCGUGUCUAGCUUUGCUUCAACUAGCAGGGAUGACUUCAGGAAAUAUGAUAGCAGUUGUAGUUAGCGAGCAAACAGCACAUCGAGACUCUGCUUGCUUCAUUAUUCCAACAGGUUUUCACUAAAGUUUACAUGAUAACUAACCUAGGAAACUCGUCAGAACAGCCUUUAGAGGAGAUAUGAAAUUACUCUUUCUUGCUUGUCUCAGCCCUAAAACUGGGAACCACACUACAGCUGAGAGAAUAAGGUCUCACAUUGAAUCAGCAGGACACACAUGUGAGCUCAGAGAUGCAGCAGAGUUUCAGUCCCCUGAUGAGGUGGCAAACCUAGUGUCUCGAAACCCACCAUUUGAGGGUGCGCUGGCAAUUCAUCUGUUCAGAGCAGGCAGACUUCUCUUAGACAUCCAAGUACCCUUUGGCGUUAUCUUUGGCGGAACAGAUAUAAAUGAAGAUGUGAAAGUUGAGCAGAAGCGUGUGGUUAUGGAGCAGGUGCUACUGAAAGCCAGGUUUGCAGUUGCAUUUACUGACAAACUGAAAGAAGAGGCAGAGUUAUUUUUGCUGUCCCAGAGCAGUAAGAUCUAUGUCCAGCCCCAAGGUAUCCAGACGGAGGUGAGCGAGAAAUUCUGCUGGACUGACUUCUUGAGGAGCUCAGGUGUAAGCAGCAAGCACGUGGAUGAGCUGCGUGUCUUCCUGUUGGUCUGUGGCCUCAGAAGAGUCAAGGACCCCCUCUAUCUGAUAGAGGUUUUUUCAGAGUGGCACUGUGAGAAUCCACUAAAUAUGUUGGUCAUUAUCGGGCCAAAGAUUGAUCCUGUAUUUACUGUUGAAGUGGAAGCUGUUGUCAAAAGAACAGCAGGGGUCUUCUUGGCCCAGGAGAGGAGCCAACAGGAGCUUCAUGCUGCCAUGAAAAGGUGCUUCGCCUUGGUUAACAGCUCCGUCUCAGAGGGCAUGUCAGCAGCCAUUUUGGAGGCCAUGGACCUCUGUGUGCCCGUGUUGGCCAGGGACAUUCCAGGAAAUGCAGCAAUAGUGCAGCAUGAGUUCACUGGCCUGCUGUACUCGUCUCCUCAGGAAUUUGUGCAUCAAUCUCAGAGGCUGUUGUCAGAUCACAAGCUGAGAGAGAGAGUGGUGAGGAACGGAAAACUCUAUGUGGAAGAGCAUCACAACCUGAAAGAGGAGAGAGAAACCUACCAGCGGCUGGUGGACACUCUGCUCUGAGCGUAAGGUCACAGCAUUCAACCCCACUCUGUAUACUUUCUCAGGAACUGGAGCAACGAAGAGUAGGGCAUUACACCAGUGCAUUAACCUUGCAGAGGUAUAAUUUAUUACAGAUGUCUUUAUUCCCAGUUUUUUAAGAAAGAUACAAAAUAGUCCUGUUUUAUCUGCACUGCUGGAUUGAAAUUAUGCUACAGAGCAUUUUGAACCAAAGACCUAGAGUAGAAGUGGUCGUGUUUAUAAAUUGUAUGUAUUUGAAAUUGAUGAUGUACUGUUAUUUAUGGUUUGGUAAAAAUAUGGAACAGCAGGGCUACUCUGUUUACUCAUUCUACCUAAUAAAAGAGGCAAACAACUCCACUGGUUGCUUUUGAGUGGUUGGCGAUCUAAAAA